UCAGUCUGACCAGACAGAGGGAAUAGAAAACAUGGCUUCAAGCAUUCAGUAUCAGAAAGGAGAAAGACCGGAGCUGGCAAAACAUGACAGCUCUGUCCUGGACCUGGCGUUCGCUAUGGACUGUACAGGUAGCAUGUCUUCUUACAUAAACAGUGCCAGAGACAACAUUAGGAAGAUAGUGGAGGAAAUCGUAGCAGGCGAGAAGAGUGAUGUUCGUCUGGCUUUGGUGGAAUACCGUGAUCAUCCUCCACAAGACACUUCAUUUGUAACGCGAGUCCAUGAUUUCACUCCAUCUGUAUCGACAAUGAAGAAAUGGCUGGACGCUUGUAGCGCCAGCGGUGGCGGUGAUACUCCGGAAGCUGUGGCAGACGCUUUGCAUGAUGUACUCAAACUCAGUUGGCGGGAAAAUGCCACAAAAAUAUGUGUGUUAAUAUCUGAUGCCCCGCCCCAUGGUUUGAAUCCAAGUGGGGACCACUUUCCGGAAGGAUGCCCAGCAGGGCUUGAUCCUAUGGUUACAGUGCGGGAACUUGCGGAAAAGGGUGUUACUCUGUACUCCGUAGGCUGUGAGCCAGCGAUAAAUCAAUAUAGAGAUUUCUUUAUGGCGCUGGUUUACAUUACAGGUGGACAAUACGUUCCUCUGGCCGGAAGCAAAAUGCUCGCACAGGUUAUCGUUGGUGGCGCGAAAGAAGAAAUGUCCCUCGAAAAAUGGAUGGAAGAUGUGAAUGAGGAGAUUAAGAAAGAAAUGGACGCUGGUAGAGAGAUUGAUGACGAAGAGAUGUCUCGUGUGGUUCAUGCAAAAUUGGCAUCUAAAGGAGCUGUUGCUCAUCAGUUAAUGCAAAAUAAAGCGUCAUUGAAACACGAAAGUGAGGAGGUCAGAAAAUACUCAGAAAUCACCAAUAUGGCAGACAUACGCAAAAACUAUAAAAUGGCCGCAUAUGCUCCGUCAAUGGCUCGAAGCGAAGAUGUAUACGAAUGUGAAGAAAGUGGACAUACUAUAGCACAAGCGAAGAGGAUGGUACAAAAAUCGAAAGCCCGGAUGAUGAAAAAAUUUUGAAGAAAACCCUGCCAUAAAUGUAGAACUUUGUAUCUUUGUUAGAAAUGAAGCUCGGUGAUAUUAAUCAUGUAUAUGACGAUUAAAAUACAUGUACAUGCAUUUUGUAACCCUUGCACUUGCAUUUAAUGCCAAUAUACAUGUAUGCAUUCCUAUAUCUGUAGCUGAUAACAGCUUUUUUUUAAUUGAUAUUGUACUUUUCAUUCAAUUUUUUUUUAGAAUGUCAUAUUUUGAAAACUGUGUACAUAUACAUGCAUGAGAAUGAAGAACGAAAAUAUAUACUACAUGUAUAUGUUGAGACGGUUUUUUGGCCAAACAACAAAAAUUCCUCGCUUUUUCAUACGAAUCCCAGUUUUGGUUCAGACAUUGUAAUACUAGUGUUCAAAGUACUUGUACAUUUCUUGCAUUAUCAAACAAUAUUAAAAAAAAAAGGCAUAUCAAUCAUUUAAAUACUGUUGUGACAAUAAAAACAAAACGUCCA